AUGGAUGACAUUCCAUUUCCAGCGUGGGUGCGGCGUUCGCCGGUCUUUGCAAUGACGCGGGUGCUAGGCCAACACUUGCGACAACAAUUGCAGGGCACAAGUGUACGGGCAACAGACGGAGCCGUAGGGGAAGCGCCAACACCAACAAAAGCAACAGAUGUAGCAGCAUCACCAGCGUCGCGCCACUACGGGAAGUUUACCCCCCGCGGCAUGAGGUUCUCCAGCAUCGCCGAAUACGUUGAUCCAAUGGGACUGUUUAGUUUGCAGGGGGAUACGACAGGGGUGUUGGCCGCCGGUGGUGGGCGACCAAGUAGCACCGCCUCGUCAUUUCACGAGUCGGGAGUGCUGCUGCAAUCCCCGCAGCCUCUGACAAUGCAGCUGAGUGACGUUUUGAAUCACCCACGCGUUGCACUGCUGAUCAGUCUGUCACAGGUGAACGAGCUCAUCUCACAGAGAUCCGAGGUAUCUGUCAAGAACGCCCCAGCGUUAAUUUCUCUCAUGGCUCUUGCAGUUGAGUGCCGUUCAUUGCCGUGUGAUUACACCAAGGGAUUUUACACCGAGUGUUUCUCCUUUUACACGCUGCUGAUGCAGCGGCUGAGCAUCGUAAAGUUUUGUCCAGGAGUUGACGUGCAGGGGUUUGUGGCGUCGCUGGUUUUUUGUGGGGUGCUGCUGCGGGGCAACGAAGCGGGGAGGAAAGACGGGGGGGAGGAGGUUGGCGAGGAGGCGAAUGGUUGCAGCAGCAGCAGCAGCAGCCGUCACUCCCAUGCGUGCAGAAGCCACGUCCGCGAGAGGCGUAUUGGUCUGGCAUGGUUUGACAGCCGCAUCAUCGACUCCAUCAUCAUAUCCUGUAUUCCCGUUAACAUUGAUGAUUGCGUUGAAAACCCCAUUGCGCUUGGUGCCCUGAACGGGCUCGCGUACACAACGAAGCGGGAACCCGUUAACCUCAGCCAACAACUGCUAGAUCACCUUCACAACUUGACAGAUGCCUUCACGACAUCGUCAAGGCGAAAAGAGCCGCUGCACAAGCGGUUUCUUUGCUACCUCAUGGAGGCGAUAUGCUAUGCCCGAGGCGUCCAUUAUGCUCGAAUGCGCAACUGGCUGCGAGCUGUGCUUCAAUCGGACUACAUAUUAAGAGGCCUCAUGCAGAAAGAAGACUUGCAUGCACGCGUGGCUGCCGCAAUGCUGACGCUCUUGACGCGGUGGAUUCAGGACGCCGUGACAGCAUGUACGUUAAAUUUCAACUCUGUGGUAGAUUUGCAGCACGACAUGGUUGCCUUCGCCUCUCGCGAAGAAUGUACUGAGGCCGAUACACUGCUAGAGGGUGUUUGGUCUGCCCUUCAAGAGGCCAUGAGCACAUGGAAGAAGCUCCGGAAGACGAACAUCACACUCUAUGGCGAUAACGUGCGCAUCGUGAUGAAAAGUUUAUUGCAGGCAGAGCUGGUGCGUGUGCAGUUAUAUCGGACCAUGAGUGGCUUGUAUCAACCGCCGCAGCCGGGGGAGAACACAUCUGCAGCAGUCUACGUGCCUUCAGCCGAGGAGGAAGAUCUUCGUCUCCGUGUGAUUGGCAACAUCGUGAAAUUUCUUCUUCUGCCGACGAGUUUAUUUAGUUUCAUCACGGCAAAGGCGAUCGCAGCCCCUCUUCGACAAGGCAUCGCUGAGCAGUGCAUCAAGGUUAUUGCUAUGACUGCUUCUGCUGAAGGCAGUGUGAUAUCCCGGUUGCGUCACAUCUCUCCAUCCUCCGCUGUGGCGACGGCACAGUAUUCACACAACUACUACAUCAGCGUUGAGGGAAUUGUCCUUGAGUUGAUCCAUCGUGUGCUGGAAGCUGGGGCGUUGGGGGCCUCGCAAACCACGCCGCUUGAUCAAGAGGUGCAGAAGGGCGAAAUGGCUGCACUGUGUCUUCAAGGAAUCUGUGCCACAAACCCCAAUGUUCGUUCCUUUGCGGUGACGGAGGUGUUGGAUGCUGUGGUGCGUCUCCCAACCAUUCUUCAGUCAGUUCAUGGUGGAAACAGUGAACCAGGCAAAACGUGUUUGCUUUUGUCAGGAAGGGCGGCUCCGCGUCUGUCAGUGUGCUUCGGGGUGAUGAAUCGUCUGCUUGUGUCGCGACACCGUUCCGUUUUUAGCCCGCUUCCGUAUGAUGCCUUGCUGCGAUUUGGAAAAGUUUUGAGUGACACAUUCGAGGACACGCUGCGAGAUCAUGUACGCUCUGGCGACCUUGCCGAUCCCACGACUGUGUUUCCCAGUGUCACUUUGCUGAUGGUGUCGGAAUCUUUUGUGGGGCUUGUGCAACGCUUCCACGAACGCAUUCGUAUCAUGACGCGGGAGGGCCUUCGUCUCCUUAACACGGGUAAGGUGGAGGCGAAGGUGCGCUGGAUUGAUAGUUUUAACGCAGAGAGUGACGUACUCCGUGUGCUUUUGCGUGCUGUACUGCGAUGCAUGAUCAAUGUGGCGUGGCCGGAGUCUGGUAUUCUAUACGGCAAAGACAUCAAGAGGGGGAGUCGUCAUACGCCAAAGUUUGAUGUACACCGUGCUGCAGUCGAGGUGCUGUCGCUCUUUCUCCGUCCCCUCUGCCUGCUGUGCCAGCUCUCGACACUGUUUCCAGCGACGGACAUUCAGCAGCUUGUGUACCACCACGAAAAUGCACAGAAGCUGACGCAGAUGGACGAGCGUGAAGAUAUUCUCUGCCACUACUGCUUUGAACCAUCCAGUAUAAACUCCCUCCUCUAUGCCGAGAAUGGGAUGACACAGUUUCGUUCCUGCUGGCUUAUGUUGUGCUACUACCGCCUUACACAGGAGGCGCUCCGGUGGACUGAGCCGGGCGCCCUGGUGUCGGCGUUAGGCAAACGGGGUGGUCAAAAAAAGGGUUUACUUUCAAAGAGUAACGCCAAAUGUAUACGAUUGCUUGCCGCGUCUAUGCCGCCUCUUAUGCGUAUGCGUUCCUCCGACUACCAGCAAACCAUGGCGGAUAUUGAUGUUUUGAAGAGUCACUUAUUUAGCAGUGGUGAGUUGGGAAAUGGUAAGUCAUAUCAGAAGGAGUUGGUGCAUUUCCUCCGGCGCCACUGCCCUGAGGCCACACAUGUAAUAGGCCGUCUUUCUAUUUCCGAGGUCUUUUUGGUAAAUGCACUUGCAACACUGGAAAUGCUGCGCGCUUCCUGUGGCUCCAUCUCCGCUAUCACUCAAUAUCAACACUAUGAAGUUCGAGAAUUUGACGCCAGUAAAGACAUUAGGACAAUUCUAACACAUGUAACGAAAGCUGUGACAACACGAUAUAUCUCUGCUUUGCAAGAAAUGCUUCCAGACUUGGCGGCGAGCAGAAUCAAUAAGAAUGCGCGACAGUUGGUAUUACUCUACGGAUUCGCUAUCGACUCUGUACGGCGUUCCGCAAAGGAGAUUCUCGGUAAACUUAUUUCCAGUUUCCCGGAGUUUGCGGCAAGCAGUACAUCCCUUCCUCUUUUGUGGGCUGUUAUCAAUCAGCUGGAGGUGGGGAACGCUACAGAGGUGGAGCGUUUCUGUGAACAUCUGCAAUUCCCGGAAACGCCAGCCGUAGCUGCCGAUCCCGACUCUCUUGAGCGACGAAAACAGCUGAAAGACGCAGAGGCUUUUGCAGAGUCUUGGGUUCAAGCAGCGCUUCAUGGUUCGCCGUUGGCACUUCUGGAGCACGCCACCUUAUUUAUUGUGGAGGAGGAAGCCACCUCCGGAGUGAUUGGCUCCGCCGCUGGGUCGAGACUUGCUCUGCGUGCACAUAACAUGAGUGCGGCCUCGGGCCAGCUGAACCAGAACUACGCCCAUGUUCUUAUGAAGCGGAGCAGUGCGCAGGGGCAAGUGACAGCGGCUCUUCGUCUGACGUCGCAGUAUGGGGUAGGCAUUCUUCUUCUUCAGCAGAUUCAGGAGAUGGUGCGGGAUAGGCUUGGAACAAUAACAGUGACAGCAACCUCUCAGGAACGGCUUUUUGCGUCCCCAGCCAGUGCUGUUCACGCGGCCACCGAGGUGGAACGGCGUGCCGAAGAGGAUGAUAGCAACGACAACGAUGCCGGGGGUGAGGUGGGAGAGGAUGCCUCACGGAGAACGCCAUCCAAGCGCGACGAUCAGGCGGUAUUGCGAAAGUUUUACGAGUCGGAUAUGCUUCUUUGCACGGGUGCCGCAUUUCUGCUCUCCACGCGGGCUCCCCACUCAUCGCACUUGGAACUUCUGAAGCACCUUGUGCAAGGGCCUAUUCUUUUGUUUUCAAGGCACUACAUAGCGUCUGCCAUUCAGGGUUGGAGGUGGCUUUUAUUUGAGAAGUCUGAGCGCUAUGCGGUGCCGCUACUGGCGCAUGUGGUUGAGGGAUUUAUCUGGACAAUUAUGCAGCGGAUUGGUUUGUUUGAUGGCACACGGCCUUCGCAGGCCGAUGAAGUGGAGUCUGCAGAGCAAACAAAGUGGAUGCAGAGUUUGGCUUCAUACCCUAAAGAUUAUAAUGUGAACUCCCCACACAAGCUACUUCUGGAGUUCUUGUCGGAUUGCUACGUGGACAUUCGCGGGCCAGUGUCGUUUCAUCCGUCUGUGCUUCUUCUCUUGCACCAUCUUGCGAUGCGCGUGGUAGAGGCACCGUCUCGAUUCUCUACGAAAGACAUUUCAUUUUCGGAAACGAUGCAGUGCGCCCUGUUAAUGAGCUCAAUUUGUGAUAAUUUACAGGUAGUCAAUGAACGUCGCUUGCGCAUCGGGUCGCCUGUUCUGGUGGACUUCGCGUCGAUUGGGAAAAUUCGUCAAGGCUGGUAUAAGUGUCUACUGCAAUGGUUUCACAAGACACCACCUUCAUGGUACUUUACACGGGAUCUCACCGCCGCUGAGGAAGAGUUUGUGGUCCUUCAAAAGCUUAUCCGCGUUCUUGAUAAGGAUCGAGAUGCACUGUCGCAUUCCACUCUGGGUUUUCUUGACUUUGAUUUGUCUAGAGCCCAUACACAUUUGGCUGCAAAUUUUACCCUCAUAGGGAGUUGCGUGCGCCACGCACUAUGCGGUGUGGCCUCCUUAGACUCAAUGUAUGUGUAUGGAGUGACUCAGGCAGUGAGCAACAGCGAACGCACUCGCCUGUUGGGUCUUGUGGCUCUAUUAAGGCUCUUGGUUGAGCAUGAACGCGUACGGCUUGCGGUGUGGCUUCGUCCUCGUGAAAAGGGUGGGGCCCACUUAAAGGUGGAGGGCACGACCAGUCUUUCUGCGGCAGUGUGGAGACGGCAUUGUGAGGCAGCGGCGAGGAAUGAUCCGGCGGUACUAUUGGCGCUGGUGGCACGAUUUCCCAACCCGCAUGUGCUGGAGUGCUCCAAGCGGCUUGUGACCGCCAAGCCCGAGGACUUCUGCCACAUGCCUGAGGCAGUCGACUUGUACCUUAACGAAGAAGUCCUUAUGAGGGGCUAUCCCGCGCUUGGUUUAUUCACCAAUUGUACGAUUCUGCAGGCGCUUCGAUUCCUGGAAAAAUCGUAUACGACGCGGUAUCCUCAGGUCUCCACGUAUGCACUUCGCAGCUUGUUAUCUCAAAAGAGUGAAAGUCUUAUAUUUUAUCUUCCACAAAUUUUGCAGGUGCUUUCUGGUGAUGAUUCCGGUGGCAUCGCUGUCUUCCUGCGUAAGAUGUGUGAGAAGAGUGACAUGUUUACACAUCAGUUGCUUUGGUCCCUGCGUACGGAGGGGGAAGGGGAGGGGAAGUUGGCAAGGCGGUGUGCACAACUCGCCUCUGAUGUGGUGGAAGGGCUUGAUCCCAAUCGGCGCAUAUUUCACGACGGGGAGUUCGCUUUUGUUGACAAUAUCAUUUCCUUGUCGGGUGAAAUGAGGUCAGUGGAAAAGGCGGUGCGUAAACAAAAACUGCGGCUUCGCCUGUGUGAUGCGGAGUUUCAUGAACCGGUGGAGCGGCACCAUUUGUACCUUCCCACGGACACACAGUGGCGCAUUGUGGGUGUCAUACCUGCCACGGCUGGCGCGAUGCAAAGUGCGGCGAAAUGCCCUAUUUUGGUUCAGUUUAAGUGUAUCCCCCGCAACCCGGAGGAUUCGCAGAUUGCCCUGACGAAGGAGGAAGCGAUGUCCUCAGACGCAGAGACCACCGUUAAGGCAUGCAUAUUUAAGAUGGGCGACGAUUGCCGACAGGAUCAAAUUGCCUUGCAGAUCAUCGGUCUGUUCCAGCGUAUUUUCAACGCUAUUCAAGUGCCGUCGUACUUGUAUCCGUAUCGUGUGGUGACGACUGGAAGAGAGAGUGGUGUUAUUGAGUGUGUUCCCCGUGCGAUGAGCCGCGAUCAAAUUGGGAAACUUGUGGAAAGCAACCUUGCGGAGUAUUUUGUGCAAACCUACGGCCAUCCAGAGUCAGUGACGUUUCACCGGGCCAGAGAAUGCUUCAUACGGAGUAUGGCUUCGUACUCGGUGGCGUCCUUUGUCCUCAACAUUAAGGAUCGCCACAAUGGCAAUCUCAUGAUUGACGCUGAUGGGCACCUUGUGCACAUUGAUUUUGGAUUUUUGUUUGACUUUUCGCCAGGAGGGGAUAUAAAUUUUGAGUCUUCCCCAUUCAAGCUGACGGCAGAGAUGGUGCAACUUAUGGGGUCCCCUGUGGGUCGUGGAAAGGGAACCGUGCAGAGCCCCUCCUUGUCAAAGGCAUUGGUGGACCCGGAGGCGUAUAAUUUGUUUAUGGAUUUAACUAUUCGCUGCUACCUUGCGGUGCGGCAGUAUGCGCGUCAGAUUUGCAUACUUGUGGAGUUGAUGCUUGGCAGUGGGUUGCCCAGCUUCAAGCCUCGAAGGACGAUCCAGGAUCUUGCUUGGCGGCUUUCCAUGCAGAAGAGCGAGGUGGAGGCUGCUGAGUUUAUUCUCCGGCGAAUUGCGGAAUCAAGGGAGAAUCUCCGAACAGUUCUUUAUGACAGGUAUCAAAACUUUGCGGAAGGAAUAGAAAUGUAA